UCGGCGGCGGUCCCAGAUCUAGCCGGGCCGCGGCUCUUGCCGCCUUGCCCAACCCUGCCCGGCCCCGGCCCAGCCUCCGACCGAGGCCGCCAGCUCCGCGCGCCGCGGAGGAGCAGCCCGUCCGGCCCCCGCCCGUCCCUAUUCCCGCCCAGAGCGCAGCCGCCUCUCCCGGACCCGCAGCUUCCCCGCGCUCCGGGGCCGGGGCCCCCGCCGCCUCCCGGCCCCCGCGCCCCGGCCCCGGUUCCCCGGGCCAUGCGGCCUCGGCCCCGCCGGCGCCCGCCGCGCACCGGAGAUGAGGCUCCGCAAUGGCACCUUCCUGACGCUGCUGCUCUUCUGCUUGUGCGCCUUCCUCUCGCUCUCCUGGUACGCGGCGCUCAGCGGCCAGAAAGGUGACGUGGUGGACAUUUACCAGCGGGAGUUUCUGGCACUGCGAGACCGUUUGCACGCUGCUGAGCAGGAGAGCUUGAAGCGCUCCAAGGAGCUAAACCUGGUGCUGGACGAAAUUAAGAGGGCAGUGUCCGAGAGGCAGGCGCUGCGGGACGGAGAGGGCAAUCGCACUUGGGGCCGCCUAACUGAGGAUCCGCGACUGAAGCCGUGGAACGUCUCGCACAGGCACGUGCUUCAUCUGCCCACCGUCUUCCACCAUCUACCACACCUGCUAGCCAAGGAGAGCAGUCUGCAACCCGCAGUGCGGGUGGGCCAGGGCCGCACCGGAGUGUCCGUGGUGAUGGGCAUUCCAAGCGUGAGGCGCGAGGUGCACUCUUACCUGACUGACACAUUGCACUCGCUCAUCUCGGAGCUGAGCCCGCAAGAGAAGGAAGACUCCGUCAUCGUGGUGCUGAUCGCCGAGACGGACCCACAGUACACCUCGGCAGUGACAGAGAACAUCAAGGCCUUGUUCCCCACAGAGAUCCACUCUGGGCUCCUGGAAGUUAUCUCCCCUUCCCCUCACUUCUACCCUGACUUCUCCCGCCUUCGAGAGUCCUUCGGGGAUCCCAAGGAGAGAGUCAGGUGGAGGACCAAACAGAACCUGGAUUACUGCUUCCUCAUGAUGUAUGCACAGUCCAAAGGCAUCUACUAUGUGCAGCUGGAGGAUGAUAUUGUAGCUAAGCCCAACUACUUGAGCACUAUGAAGAACUUUGCCCUCCAGCAGCCCUCCGAGGACUGGAUGAUCCUGGAGUUCUCCCAGCUGGGCUUUAUCGGGAAGAUGUUCAAGUCAUUGGAUCUGAGCCUGAUUGUGGAAUUCAUCCUUAUGUUCUACCGAGACAAGCCCAUUGACUGGCUCCUGGACCACAUCCUGUGGGUGAAAGUCUGCAACCCUGAGAAAGAUGCGAAACAUUGUGACCGGCAGAAGGCCAACCUUCGGAUCCGCUUCAAGCCCUCCCUCUUCCAGCACGUGGGCACUCACUCCUCACUGGCGGGCAAGAUCCAGAAACUGAAGGAUAAAGAUUUUGGAAAACAUGCUCUCCGGAAAGAGCAUGUGAACCCCCCAGCGGAGGUGAGCACAAGCCUCAAGACGUACCAGCAUUUCACCUUGGAGAAGGCCUACUUGCGAGAGGAUUUCUUCUGGGCCUUCACACCUGCCGCAGGAGACUUCAUCCGCUUCCGAUUCUUCCAGCCACUGCGCCUUGAGCGGUUCUUCUUCCGCAGUGGGAACAUUGAACACCCAGAAGACAAACUCUUCAACACUUCUGUGGAGGUGUUGCCCUUUGACAAUCCCCAGUCAGAGAAGGAAGCCCUUCAGGAGGGCCGCUCAGCGACUCUACGGUACCCUAGGAGCCCUGAUGGUUACCUCCAGAUCGGCUCCUUCUACAAGGGUGUAGCCGAAGGGGAAGUGGAUCCUGCCUUUGGGCCCCUGGAAGCACUGCGCCUCUCCAUCCAGACUGACUCCCCAGUGUGGGUCAUCUUGAGUGAGAUCUUUUUGAAAAAGGCUGACUAAAUGGAAGGCUUCCAAGGGUGCCCCGUGGCCGGCUCUGGAGCCCACGGUUCCAAGGGUGUUGCUGCUGCUGCUGCCGCCCCAGAAGACCAGGCAUAUCCACCCGACCUGAAGGGUUCUGCCUGGCAGGCGGCUCGGGCUGGCCUGGGGUCCACCGCUGGCCCGGAGGCCCCAGAAGCUGGUGCUGCGCCGGGCCGCGGGAGGAGGCAGGCGGCCCCCACACUGUGCCUGAGGGCAGGCCUGCUGCCGCCCAAAAAGAACCGAACCGUUUGCCCCUGGCCGGUCGGCUUGAGCCAGGCCAUUUUAGAAGAGCUUUUUCUUGGGCGCCCGCUGUGUGCGGCGCGAACACUGGAAUGCAUACACUACUUUAUGUGCUGUGUUUUUUAUUCUUGGAUACAUUUGAUUUUUUCACGUAAGUUCGCAUAUACUUCUAUAAGAGCGUGACUUGUAAUAAAGGGUUAAUGAAG